AGACAAAGAUCAGCGGAACCAUCGCGCCUGUGUAGACGAGCCACUCAGAAAUCAGAAAAUCGAAGAUCGUUUGCCCGCACUGGAGUUAUUCACCGCGCUCUGUUGAAGGGCAUUGAAUCUUCUGCCCUCUUCUGCACAGCGCCUGAAUACCGCCAAGCUAACUCCAUUGUCGGCUUGCGCUCGCGAAAUGUGAAUAUUUUCUUCAGGCCGAGGGUUUGGAACUUGGGACUUCUUGCCUCAAGUCGUUAGGAGUUAGGAGCUCUGUCUGGGAGUGGAUCCGCAACAAGGCCGAUCUUUCGCGAAGAUUUUCUGCGCGAGAGUUGGAGUGCGUCGGGACCUCUCGCGAUCAGCUGCUAUCCAUUGCGGAAAUCACUAUGCCGAGACAAUCGCCGUUCUUCACCUUCGUGCGUUGUUAUCGAGACGGAGAAAAACGCAAGGGGCGUCAUCUGAGCUUGGAUGAAGCCAGAAUCGAGGCCGAUCCCAUAUGGUUGAGAUUCUCACCAUCUGAGAAAGAGCGCUUCGUCGAGAUGGCUGAAGCAAAGUCGCGUUGUCAACCGCAACGACCCCCUCGGGUGUUCCAACGACCAGGCGGUAACACCACAAUGUCACCAUUCCGUCAAAAAAUGCGCGGCUUCAUAGAGAGAGUGUUCCCGACCGAGGCGGACGUCAAGACCCAUUUCUUCCACUCUCUUUCUUUCCACCGAGAGUCGACCACGAGGCUUCCGAGCGAGAUAUCGAUUGUGCGUUUCAGCCUGGAUCGCGGCGCCGAACAUUUCCUCCAUUUUUUGUUCAACCCAGAGGUCCGAUUUGAGCGAUUCUCGCUCGUCAAGGAAAAAAUGAAAAAACAGAUAACGGUUGUUCCCAUAGAAGGCACUCCGGGUUCCGAUGACAAUCUCCGAGAGGUCCUGAAAGCGAUCCACGAUUUCUGUGGGGGUCACUUCUACGUGCAUUCAAACGAGAUCGAAGCCGCCAUCAAAUGCUUCUGCGACCUCCGGAAACUCAGCCCAGGCAGUCGAGAUUUGGUUCCUCUCGACGGAGAAGAGUUGAUCCAGAUGUUGUGGGAACGCUCCACAGACCGUCGAAACGCCAAAAUUUCUCAAGUCAGGGACGCUUGUUCAGGCAGAGCGGGACUUGACUUUCUUGCGUGCGAAUAUCACAAAGCCACCAAGACAGAAGGAGUCUGCACUUUGUGGAAGGCAUACCGGCUACCGUAUGGCUGCUCUCAGAUUCUAGCUGAACCAUACGAUAUCGAUGUGGCUGAAGGUUAUCAUCAGGCGCGGGAAAACUGGGCGCCCAGGGGAUCUUACUAUGAAGGAACAGGGAAUCAGGAACCAUGGAAAUUUGUGGAAGCAACUUCGGACUGGGAAUCUCGCCCUUCCUCCUCAGGACUACGAAUGAACGGAAGAACAGCGCACGAGGAGAUUCCUCUCAUAGACGAAAAGUUAGAAAAACUCAAGCUCGACAAAAACAAUGAUGAAUGAUCAAUGUGCACGACCUUACGCCCUUGAGCGGCGAGUGCUCGAGAUCUAGCUCAGUUUCGUUGUAAAUAAGUAUUCCCUCGGUUGGCUCAAGUUUAAUGUUGUGAUCGUUGGAUGUGAUUGUACCACGCUGUGUAUACCGAGCGUUAUAUAGAGUUUCGGUUCGAAACAAUUUUUCGUCAUGGAACAGGCGUGGAUGCCAUUUCCCCAACUGUGCAAUAUUUUCCCAAUAAACGGAAUGAGUGCUGGACGUGAGAGACCA